AUCUUCAAGAAACGUCACCUCAAAGUGAGUAGAGUUAUUUCCCACCAUUGUUCCAAGAACAAGUAGCUGUGUUUAGUCCAUCUUCAUCUUUCCAUUAUGUGCAGUGUUUCAAUAGUGUCUGAACAGCAUAUGAACAACAUCUGGACAGGGGUCUGCAAAUGAGUAUAUGUACCUCUAGAUUUAGCGGUAUCCUUGAAGAUUAUUAACAUCACACAUCAUCACGGCCACAGUCAUCAACAAUCAGGAAACGCACUAUCAACAUGACAAAAAUGACUGUAACUCACACCAAGUAUUCCUGCGGGCAUGUCAGAAAAUCACAAACUCCAGCGGAACGCGCAAAAGAGGAGCCUUCCCAAGGUCCCAAGAAAAUUUUGACGCGCAUCUUGAGCUUGGGAAUGGCUGAUGAUUCGAGAGCAUCCAGAACACGCACUCUUCACCAACCUCAACCCGAGAGGUUGAAGCAGGGGUUGAAGCGGUUUUUCAGCUUGGGACGAUCCGAGCCUAUCAGACUCACUUCGAUUGAAGAAUGUUCCAAAUGUAAAGAAUCAAGAGCAAAUUUCACGUCGGACGUGUUGCUUGGAUGGGUCGACGAAUUGCCAGAAUUGGAAGGAACCCCCCAACCGGAAGAGCCCGAUCAACAACGAUCUCACACGGCACAGGCUGUUCCUCAGGAGUUCCAAACACGGAGAGAGCCCACUCACAUGGAAGAAUCUCCACAAUGGCGCAGACAGCAAGCCCGCAUUCCCCUUGACUUCAUCCGCAACCGUACCAGCGUUCGUGAAAAAGUCCAAAAAGAGGCGGAGAGGGACGAAACUCUUGCAGCUCUUGAAGGACGAGGCCAAGCUCCCACCCUUCCUUAUCUUCAACUCGGAGGAUAUUGGGACUCGGAAGAAGAACGCAGGGACGAAAGCCUCGCAUCUUUUGAAAGACGAGGCCGCGCUCCCCCGGCCCGGGGAAUUUGGGUUGCAGAAGAGGAACCACUACUCCAACAUGAAAGAGACCCUUUUAAAUCGGAUGGAGAUUCAAUCUGAGUCGAGGUGAGUGAGUGAGGUGAGUUUUUUCUUUUCUUACAAAUUGACAGUAUCAUCUGAAACUUAAGAAUGCACGCAUUUUAAACGCUUGGGAAAAACUUUUUUCAACACAGAGGAGUAGGAGUUUUUGUUUAACAUGCGAUAGACUGCUCUGCAUAACCAAAUUGACAAAUACAAUAUCAAGUUUUUUUUAAAAGAAUAUACGACUAAUCCGAUUUAAAUAUGAGAGUUGAGUAUUCACAACACUUCCUUUCUUUUCCAUGUGAACGCAAUGUAAUUGAAAGCCAACUAACCUGUCACUAGGAGAGAAUCGAAAACUGCAAAACAAAUUCACAAUGAACUGUUACAUUGAAACUGUUUCCUAAUGAGGAGAAACUGCUAGAUACAUGAAGGUGACGGAAACCCUUCCAUUUUAUUCGAUAUCCUUCCAGCAUUAACAACAAAACUCAAACCUCAAUAUCAAUAUUACUUCUUUGCCUUGGAAAACAAAGGAACUGUGGAACAAUUGAAUUUUUCACAAAGGCCACAAGUUGAAAACAUAUAGAAAGCCUCGAAAGCUCAAAGGAGACAGAGGAACAAAGCUUAUAUAUUUUUUCUUUU